AAAUGAACUCCCUUGGAUUUGGACCAAACGAAAGGAAACAUGCGACCCUGCAACAACAUGCGACAACACCUGGAGCACAUCGUUGCUCCUUCGCCGCCACCACCACCACCACCACCACCACCACCAUCACCUGUUCUCCCUCACGAACUCAUCUUAGAAAUCCUCUCACUGCUUCCCGUAAAGCCUCUCAUCCAAUUCAAAUCCGUCUGCAAAUCCUGGAAUUCCCUCAUCUCAGAUCCCCAAUUCGCCAAGCUCCACCUCCGCCGAUCAUCCCCUUACAACACCGACUUCACCCACCUCCAGUUACUGUUCUCCUGCAAACCCGACGAUUCCAAUCGAAAACACGCCUCAUCUUGCUCUGUAAGUUCUCUCAUCCAAAACCCUUCUCCCAAUUUACCUGCACAGGGUUCUCUCUUCGAUUUGAAGGACAAGUGCCGUGUCUUUGGUUCCUGCAAUGGUUUGAUCUCUUUGGUUAGUUUCACCAAAGGAGAAUUGUCUAUUCAUAUAUGGAACCCCGCUACGAGAACAGUUUCUCCAAACCCCCCACCGUUACUUCUUGCAGGGACCAUCUAUAAGUGUAGUAAUUUUGGGUUUGGUUAUGAUUGUUUAACUGAUACAUACAAGGUGGUGAUGUGUUUUGCAAGAAACUCUGUGCAUGUUUACAGUUUGAGUGACAGUAGUUGGAGAUGCAUUCAACCUUUGCCUUCAUUUCCUAAUCUAGGACAAGGGCCACAAGAUGGAGUUUACUUUAGUGGUAGUCUUAAUUGGGUUGCUUGUGAUGAAUGGGGAAGUGUCCAGUUCCAUAUAGUUUCACUUGAUUUAGGGAAGGAGACGUACACGCGGUUGGCUAUGCCUGGUGAUCACAUCGGUACUGAGCCACUUCUUGGGGUUUUAAGGGGUUUCUUGUGUCUUUCUGAUGAUUAUGAGCAGACUCAUUUUGUUAUUUGGCGAAUGAACGAGUUUGGAGUUGGGGGAUCCUGGACUCGUUUGGUGAACGUUAGUUAUGAUUAUCUUGACACUUCUGGUUACCCGAAUUUUCAUCUUGGGAUGAAUGUAUUGUGCAUGUCUGAAAAUGAUGAUAUCCUGAUGGUGUCAUAUUUAGAUCAGUCCCAAGCAAUUCUAUACAACCGGAGAGAUAAUAGUUUACAGCGUAUAGAAUUUCCGAACAAUAUAUCCUUUGGCUGCAAUGUCAAGUAUUACCUCGAAAGCUUAAUUUCACCUUGUUGAAGAUUUUUCUAUCAUGUUUUGAUUAUCGCCUUCAUCAGACUUGUAGAAUGUUAAAUUAUGUAGGUCAUUUCAAAUCAUUGUCAAUCCAUGUAGACUUGUUUUGGAUUAUUAUCUAUUCCUAAUGGUCUGAUACUCUGAUGAUCAAAAUCUAAGGAUGGAUCAAGUUGUGUUGAUUUUA